AUGCCAGCACAACAAGCCAACCACAGGAGCCGAGGCGAUGAUGCACAGGAUGAUCGUCGCAGUUUUCUUAUGAACCUGCCUCUAUCCAUCAAGAUGUACACAUAUUAUGGUGAGCCACAAUUCUUCGACAUACUCGACGCCGAAUACGCUCUUUUGAACUCUUCAGGCACCGGAAGCGAGUUUCUGCUUUUUCACGCGAGUGAAAAGACCAUCAAUACUAUCAUGCACCCCCAAAGCAGCCGCUGCAUUGCCAAGUUCUGUUCAUCGUUUGAUACCCAAGAGCAGCUUCUACUCGUCAAAAUUCCUUGCUCGCUUCAUACUGCGGCUUGCGCUGAGAUGCAUGAUAUGAUCAAGAAGAGCCUUGUACCUAUGGGUUUAUCCAGCGCUGUCCAAGGAUAUCCUCGCGCGAUUGUUAGGUCAAGCCCCAUAGAUACCCGGGGAAAGCAGCCUGAUUAUUGCUGGGGACCAAAGAACAAACCUCCAGAUCCUCUAAGCACGCCAUCUGUCACCUUCGAAGUUGCAUACUCGGAAUCGGAUUCCAAGCUCACUUCCGAUGCACGAUUCUGGCUGAGCCCUGGCCAUGGCAAUGCCAAUAUGUGCCUCACACUUCAAAUCAAUCGGUCGAGGCCAGAGAUCAAAAUUAAGCAGUGGCGAAAGUCCAGUAAAGCCAGAAUCAAAUGCUCUCAAAUUAUCUGGAUUACUAAAAAAGGACAAACGCUGGAUUUCAGUGGGCAUCCACUGACGAUUCCAUUCGAAGGUCUAUUCCGUCGCAAGUCAAGUCGCCCAGAGGAGGGAGACCUCGUUAUUUCAGAAUCUCGUUUGAAGGAGAUGGCUAUAAUGAUUUGGCAAAAGCAGGGCUGGUAG